CUUCCGAUGUAAACAAAAAUGGCGAUUGUUGUCUCAUAAAUCGAUUCACCUCCAGCGAAUGUUUCUUUAAUUUUAUCGCAUUUUAAACCGCGAAUAUUGUUCCAAACAAAAUAAACUAUCGUUUACAAAGUGCAAGGAUCACACCCGAGCAUCAUGUCUGCACCGCCAAAAUUCCCCGGCACCGGGCUGGAAGAGGUGAACGUUCCCGGCCAAGCGUACCUCCGAGAGGCACUGUCCUGUUGCGACGACCCGCUGAAGGCGAUAGAAAAUUUUCAGCUGGAGAAUGGUAUCCUGCUGCCGUCGUUACGACCAAUGCUUCCGCUUCUGGAUUUGCACGGUGUUCGGCGGCUGGAUUUUCAUACUUCGGUUCUGGAGGAAUUGCGGGAUAAGCUCAUUGCACAUAUUAACGAGGUUGGCGCUAAGGAGGGACGCGAGCGGGACCGCAAGUUGAAGGAACUGCUGGUGAAGAGUUUUCCGGUUGUGCGGGUUAAGGCACUGCGACCGGUCGUGAUGUGUAUUCUGAGAAACACGAGUCACAUCGAUGAUAAGUAUUUGCGGAUUUUGGUGCGGGACCGGGAGUUGUAUCAGGACACGGAUACGGAAGUGAAAAGGCAGAUUUGGCGCGACAAUCAGUCGCUGUUUGGGGACGAAGUGUCGCCGCUCCUGUCACAGUACAUUCGCGAGAAGGAGCAUAUCCUGUUCGAUCAUUUAAAUUUAAAUAACUUGUUCUUCACGCCGACGCCGAAAGUUCGCCGGCAAGGGGAAGUCGUUCAGAAGCUGGCCCACAUGAUCGGGAACAGCGUCAAGCUGUACGAUAUGGUUCUGCAGUUCUUGCGAACGUUGUUUUUGAGGACCAGAAACGUCCAUUACUGUACUUUGCGAGCGGAGUUGCUGAUGGCGUUGCACGACCUGGAAGUGCAGGACAUCAUAUCGGUGGAUCCCUGUCACAAGUUCACCUGGUGCUUGGAUGCCUGCAUCCGAGAAAAGAACGUCGACAUUAAAAGAUCUCGCGAGCUGCAAGGCUUCCUGGAUAACAUCAAACGUGGUCAGGAGCAAGUUCUGGGAGAUCUCUCCAUGACUCUUUGCGAUCCUUAUGCGAUUAACUUCCUGGCUACAUCGGCUAUUAAAAUCCUACAACAUUUGAUCAAUAAUGAAGGUCUCCCCAGGGAUAACACUAUCCUGAUUCUUCUGCUGAGAAUGUUGGCCCUAGGAUUGUCCGCCUGGAUCAUGAUCGACUCGCAGGACUUCAAGGAACCGAAGCUGGACAGCCAGGUCGUGACCAAGUUCCUACCGGCGCUGAUGUCCCUUAUGGUGGACGACCAGGUCCGCAAUUUGCACUCCAAACUGCCCCCUGAUGAGCGCGAGAGUGCUAUCACGACGAUCGAACAUUCCGGGCCAGCGCCGGAUGCAGUCGAGGCUUACAUCCAGGAAAGUUCCGUCGCUUCCAUCCUCGCCAUGUAUUACACCCUACACACAGCUCGCCAGAAGGACCGCGUCGGAAUUCUUCGUGUAAUGGAAAUCCUAGCUUCCUGCAAGGACGAUCGAGCCUACGAAGAUCCCUUCCUGCAUUCGCUGAUUGCCCUGAUGAUCCCCAUGUCGGAGGAAUUUGCCAACGAAGACUUCUGCACUGGCCUGUUCGAUGAGUUCCUCUUCGCUGGGCUCACCCGCGACAAUGUCACUCGGCAUAUGCUCAAGCUCCUAUGGUACAUCCACGCAAAACUUCCGCAAGCUCGACUUCAGACGCUGUUGAAAGCGCUACAACCGAACGCCCAGCACCACGAGAACGUUCACAAGCUGUACGAGAAUCUGCAGAAACGGGUUAUGGCGGCGCAUCACCAUCACCACCCGCACCACGAAGCAUUGCCGGAACCGAUGGAGACGGACUUUGACUCACCGCUGAAGAGCGUCCCGACACCCGGACCACACUACGUUUAAUGCUGUUUAGAAUCAUUUGUCUUAGAUUUUGAUGAAUUUAGAAUUUAGAUUACAUUAACUAAAAUUAUAUUAAUACGUGUAUUGCGUAAGAACGAAAAUAAAUACAAAAUCGUACUUUA